AUGGUGUAUGCAUAUAACACUGCAAUUUCCUGGAAAGGUGGGGAUGUUGAGUUUGGGAAAGUUCUUUUCAUUCUGAACUAUAUUGAUAUUUCAAACAACAAUCUAUCUUGGAGAAUUCCUGCCAAAAUGGGAUUCCUCAAGGGCUUGAUAGCACUUAGCCUUUCAAGGAAUCAUCUCAGUGGAAGAAUCCCAAACACAUUGGGAGGCAUGGAACAGCUAGAGUCUUUGGACCUCCCGCUAAACCGGUUGAAUGGCAGCAUUCCUCUAGAACUCCAGUUGUUGAUUUGUGACAACUCUUAUGGCAUUAGCGACUACACAAGCAUUGAUACAGAUGGUGAAACGAAGAAUUCAGAGGCUGAAAUGAAUGGUUGGGUAGUGGGACUCGGAUUGAGAUAUGGUUUGGGAUUCGCUAGUGUGAUUGGAAUAUUGACUUUCAAUAACGGGGUUGAAGCAUUAUUGGCAAUGCACCCUGUAAAUUCUAGAGAGGAAAUUGAUGAAUUGAUUUCUGAAGUAAACCAGCCAGUUUUUGAUGUUAACAUUGUUGUGGAUAAAGAGACUAUAGAGGUUAAGACUGCUCAUGCUACACACAAUGAGAUCUCUGAGUCACCGACACACACUAUUGACUCUCAGAACACUGAGAUAUCGCUAGAGGCUAAGGUAACUAACACUGAGAAACCAGAGACUGAGAAACUGGUAGAUGCAGAGGUACUUACAUAG